AUGAGUCCCUGCACAGAAGGGCGCAGUGGACUGUGUGUAGAGGAGCUCAGGCUGUGGAUUUGCUCAGGCUGGGCUGUGAGCACGCUAGUUGAUCCUAAGGCGGCUGCCCUAAGACCUGCCCAUGAAACUUGUUGUGAGGAAAGGGGGCAGAGUUGGAGACAAAAGCAUUGGGCAUCUGUGGUAUAGUAAUGGGAUUUUAAGAGGUGAGAUUGGAUGCAGUUACCAGGGAAGGAAUGGAGAAGAGACUGUGGAGCUGAAAGGGUGAUGGGUGAGGAUGUGUCCCCUGGGCCGUGGUGCUGUUACCUUGUGGUGUAGCUGAAUCUGUGGAAGGUUCACGUACUCCAGCCCCAGCCUGCCUUUGGAAUGGCAAAAAGCUACAAGAAAAAAGAGUUUGAUGUGGACACCCUCAGUAAAUCAGAGCUUCGGAUGCUUCUCAGCGUGAUGGAGGGGGAGCUGGAGGCCAGAGACCUGGUCAUCGAGGCCCUGCGGGCUCGCAGGAAAGAAGUAUUUAUCCAGGAACGGUAUGGGAGAUUUAAUUUAAAUGACCCAUUCUUGGCACUACAGAGAGACUAUGAAGCAGGUGCUGGCGAUAAAGAGAAGAAGCCAGUUUGCACCAACCCCCUCUCCAUCCUUGAAGCAGUCAUGGCCCACUGCAGAAAGAUGCAAGAAAGGAUGUCCACACAGCUGGCUGCUGCUGAGAGCAGACAAAAGAAGCUGGAGAUGGAAAAGCUUCAGCUACAAGCCGUUGAGCAAGAGCACCAGAAGCUGGCGGCCCGCCUGGAGGAGGAACGGGGCAAGAACAAGCACGUGGUCCUGAUGCUGGUCAAGGAGUGCAAACAGCUCUCAGGCAAAGUAAUAGAGGAGGCCCAGAAGUUAGAAGAGGUGAUGGUCAAACUGGAAGAGGAAAAGACAAAGACAAGUGCUUUAGAAGAGGAACUGUCUGCUGAGAAACGAAGAAGCACAGAGAUGGAAGCUCAGAUGGAAAAACAGCUCUCCGAGUUUGACACGGAACGGGAACAGCUUCGUGCUAAGCUGCACCGAGAAGAAGCACACACCACUGACCUCAAAGAGGAGAUAGACAAGAUGAAAAAAAUGAUUGAGCAACUGAAAAGGGGAAAUGACAGCAAGCCAAGCCUCUCUCUGCCCCGUAAGACAAAAGAUAGGCGCAUGGUCUCCAUAUCUGUGGGAACAGAAGGACCUGUGACAAGGUCUGUUGCUUGCCAGACAGACCUGGUGAUAGAAAGCACUGACCAUGUGAAGAAGUUGCCUUUGACUGUGCCCGUAAAGCCUUCUGCAGGUAGCCCCCUAGUUCCUGCCAACACGAAAGGAAAUGUGUGCACCGGUGCCGCUCUGGGCAGACCAGGUAUUGACAGGCAGGCUUCCCAUGGUGACUUGAUUGGCUCCUCUCCGCCUACUGUCCCACCUCCAAGUGCAAACAGAAUUGAGGAAAACGGACCCAGCGCUGGCUCAGCCAGUAGCACACCCCCACUUCCCAAUAGCACUGCCCCUCCCACCGUGCAAACGCCAGGCAUAGCUCCCCAGAGCUACUCACAAGCACCGCCUGUGCACAGUUUACAUUCACCGUGUGCCAAUGCGUCUUUGCAUCCAGGUCUCAAUCCACGAAUCCAAGCAGCUAGAUUUCGAUUUCAGGGCAAUGCUAAUGACCCAGACCAAAAUGGAAACACUACCCAAAGUCCUCCAUCAAGAGAUGUCUCUCCUACAAGUCGUGACAACCUAGUGGCCAAACAGCUAGCUCGGAAUACUGUGACCCAAGCACUGUCGAGAUUUACAAGCCCUCAAGCAGGAGCACCCCCAAGGCCUGGAGCAGCCCCCACAGGGGACGGUGGCACCUGUCCUCCGGUCGGUCGGACCAGUUUAAAGACUCCUGGUGUAGCACGAGUUGACAGAGGAAACCCUCCUCCUAUCCCUCCAAAAAAGCCAGGGCUCUCCCAAACUCCUUCUCCACCACACCCCCAACUCAAGGUUAUUAUGGAUAGCAGCAGGGCCUCCAAUGCAGGGGCCAAAGUUGAUAACAAAACUAUGGCUUCGCCUCCUUCCAGUUUGCCACAAGGGAACAGGGUAAUAAAUGAGGAGAAUCUCCCUAAAUCAUCUUCCCCUCAGCUGCCACCAAAACCAUCCAUAGAUUUAACUGUGGCACCGGCAGGCUGUGCCGUUUCAGCCCUGGCCACGUCUCAGGUGGGUGCCUGGCCUGCUGAAACCCCUGGACUGAACCAACCUGCAUGUUCAGAAAGUUCCCUUGUCAUUCCCACCACCAUUGCCUUUUGCUCUUCCAUAAACACUGUUAGUGCCUCAUCCUGUAGAACAGGUGCCUCAGACAGCCUCCUGGUAACAGCAUCAGGCUGGUCACCCUCCCUAACCCCUUUGCUAAUGAGUGGUGGUCCUGCCCCCCUGGCUGGCAGGCCCACCCUUCUUCAGCAAGCUGCUACCCAGGGAAAUGUCACUUUAUUAUCAAUGCUGCUUAAUGAAGAAGGACUGGACAUUAAUUACUCCUGUGAAGAUGGCCAUUCUGCCUUGUAUUCUGCUGCUAAGAAUGGACAUACAGACUGUGUGAGAUUGCUGCUGAAUGCAGGAGCCCAAGUCAAUGCUGCUGAUACAAAUGGCUUCACACCCUUGUGUGCCGCAGCUGCUCAGGGACAUUUCAAGUGUGUAGAAUUAUUAAUUUCAUAUGAUGCUAACAUUAAUCAUGCUGCUGAUGAAGGACAGACACCUCUAUAUUUGGCCUGUAAAAAUGGAAAUAAGGAGUGUAUUCAACUCUUAUUGGAAGCUGGAACUGAUCGGAGUGUAAAAACCAGAGAUGGCUGGACACCAGUUCACGCAGCUGUAGACACUGGUAAUGUGGACAGCCUCAAGCUUCUUAUGUACCAUAGAGCACCAGCUUGCAGAAACUCUUUGCAUGAGGAAGAGUCUGAGUCAGUUGUCUUUGACUUGGAUCAAGGAGAAGAGAGUCCUGAAGGCACAUCCAAGCCUGUUGUUCCUGCAGAACUUAUUAACCACGCUGACAGAGAAGGCUGGACCGCUGCCCAUAUUGCUGCUUCAAAAGGUUUUAAGAACUGCCUGGAAAUCUUGUGUAUGCAUGGAGGGCUUGAGCCAGAAAGAAAAGAUAAGUGCCAUCGGACCGCGCACGAUGUCGCCACUGAUGACUGCAAGCAUCUGCUGGAGAAUCUGAAUGCUCUUAAAAUACCCUUAAGGAUUUCAGUGGGUGAGACUGAACCAGGCAGCUAUGGUUCCGAUGACUUUGAAUGCGAAAACACAAUAUGUGCUUUAAAUAUCCGCAAACAGACAUCAUGGGAUGAUUUUUCAAAAGCAGUGAGUCAAGCUCUGACAAAUCAUUUCCAAGCAAUCUCAUCUGAUGGAUGGUGGAGUCUGGAAGAUGUGACACUUAAUAACACCACUGACUCCAGCAUUGGCCUCGGGACAAGCAGUGUACGAUCCAUCAUGCUAGGAAAUGCGCCAUGGUCAGCAGGUCAGAGCUUCACCCAGUCCCCGUGGGACUUUAUGAAGAAGAAUAAAGCAGAGCGAGUCACUGUGCUUUUAUCAGGUCCCCAAGAAGGCUGCCUCAGUAGUGUGACUUAUGCGUCAAUGAUCCCUCUUCAGAUGCUACAGAACUACCUCAGGCUGGUCGAGCAGUACCAUAAUGUCAUCUUCCACGGCCCUGAAGGAAGUUUGCAAGACUACAUAGCACAUCAGCUUGCACUCUGCAUGAAGCACAGACAAAUGGCUGCAGGAUUCACCUGUGAAAUAGUGAGAGCCGAAGUGGAUGCUGGUUUCUCCAAGGAACAGCUAAUAGACCUGUUCAUCAAUAGUGCUUGUCUGAUCCCAGUGAAACAGUCUCCUGUUAACAAGAAAAUCAUCAUCAUCUUAGAGAAUUUGGAAAAAUCUUCAUUGUCUGAGUUACUAGGGGACUUUCUGGCACCUCUGGAAAAUCGCAGCACUGAAAGCCCCUGGACUUUUCAAAAAGGAAACGGAACGUCUGAAUGUUACUACUUUCAUGAGAACUGCUUUCUGAUGGGAACCAUUGCCAAGGCCUGUCUGCAGGGCUCCGACUUACUGGUACAGCAGCAUUUCCGCUGGGUUCAGCUGCGGUGGGACGGUGAGCCCAUGCAGGGGCUGCUGCAGAGGUUCCUACGGAGGAAAGUAGUGAAUAAGUUCAGAGGUCAGGUGCCCUCUCCCUGUGAUCCUGUGUGCAAGACUGUCGACUGGGCCCUGGCUGUCUGGCGCCAGCUCAACUCCUGCCUGGCCCGCUUGGGCACACCUGAAGCACUUCUGGGGCCAAAGUAUUUCCUGUCUUGUCCUGUAGUCCCAGGACAUGCCCAAGCGACAGUGAAAUGGAUGGCUAAGCUGUGGAAUGCUAUCAUUGCACCCAGAGUUCAAGAAGCAAUAUUGUCAAGAGCCUCUGUGAAAAGACAACCUGGCUUGGGGCUGGCAACUGCUAAAAAACACCCCAGCCAAGGACAGCAGGCUGUGGUUAAAGCUGCUCUCAGCAUCUUGCUCAAUAAAGCCGUGCUGCAUGGCUGUCCCCUCCCGAGAGCAGAGCUGGACCAGCAUGCGGCUGAUUUCAGAGGAGGAAGUUUCCCUCUCUCUAUAGUUUCAAGUUACCACAGUUACAGCAAGAAGAAAGGAGAGAGCGGUGCCUGGAGAAAAGUGAGCACCAGUCCUCGCAAGAAGUCUGGCCGCUUCUCUCCACCCUCCUGGAAUAAGCCAGGCCUGAGUGAGGAAGGUAUCAGAAUUAAAGCUGUGUCUCAGCAGAAUUGUAACAGGAAUGCUUCCCUGUCAAAACAAAAGUCUUUAGAGAAUGAUCUAUCAUUGACAUUGAAUUUGGAUCAGAGACUCUCUCUGGGUUCAGAUGAUGAAGCAGACCUUGUCAAGGAACUUCAGAGUAUGUGCUCCAGCAGAUCUGAAUCUGAUAUAAGCAAGAUUGCUGAUUCCAGGGAUGAUUUAAGGAGGUUUGAUGGUUCAAGAAACAACCCUGCAUUUUCAACUGUUAAUCCAAGAAUGCCAGUGUCACCAAAGGAGGUCAGUCCUCUCAGCAGCCAUGAAACUACGGAAUGCAGCAACAGUCAAUCAAAGAUUGAGUUGGGUGUUUCAAGAGUUAAAUCUUUCCUUCCUGUUCCUCGAAGUAAAGUCACCCAGUGUUCCCAGAACACCAAAAGAAGCAGCAGCAGCAGUAAUACAAGGCAAAUAGAAAUAAACAACAACACAAAAGAAGACAUUUGGAACUUCCACCAAAAUGAACAAGUAGAAAAACCUAACCAAUAGGCCUGCCUACAAUUGUCUCAUUCUUAACUUCUGUAUAUUUCACACAGAAACCAAGGACAACAAGAUGUAAAUACCUUUAAACGGAGGAAAUGUUUUCACUGUAAUAUAAAGUAUGAGUGCGGGACCACUAUUCAAUUCUUUUGUAAAGAAUGUAUUUAUAACCAACAUUUUGUCACUUUUUUUUUUUUCCAAUUCUGUAGGAUUGAACUUCAAUACCAGGAAGUGAUGCCAACUUUUCAAGUAGUUUUAUAAUAGAAAUAUUGUAAUAGUUUUAAUCAACAUGUUCAGGGGUAUUAGAACUGUCAGUGUACUGUAUAUCUAUAUAUAUGUAUAUAUGUAUAUUUUAAAAAGUCCAUGAACCAUAUUGCAUACACGUUACAAAAUGUACAACAUUGGCUUUUAAAUAGCGAUCAUAAUUUUAUGUUGACUAGAAAGGGGCAAUAACCAUUUCUAAACAGUUAAUUUCCAUUAAAAGCCAUAUUAAGUAUUUUGCCUGUUAAAUUCUAGUUUUACAUUUUAAAUCUUUUCAUGGUAAAUUGCUGAUUGGUUGCAUUAUGUAUAUUUAUGCAUAUAAGUUUGCAUUAUGACUCCUGCAAAAUAUGAAAUUAUAUAAUGCAAUAAAAGUGUUAUCUUUCUUACAAAAGUUUUGUACCUAAGUGGAUAUAACUGCAAAUGCUUCAAUAAAUUAAUUUAGAGUUAACUCCCUCUUCUAUUUAAUUCUAGUAGCACAACUGAUAAAGUUGACAAUAUUUUCUGGAAGUGUUUCUUUGAAAAUUACUAAUGAAAUUACAUAUACAAUUCAGAGUUAAAAUGCUUUGACACCAAUAAAAUACUGAAUUGGUGAAA